CCACAUAUCGAGGCGGCACAGAGACGAUGAGCAGGAUGGAGGAAGAAGCCCCGCCCCCUCGCUCAGUGUUUGAACUUGCCAAAAAAUUCAAGGGCUCUCCAGCUGCUCCAAACAUCAACACAGAAAAGGAAGCUGUGAAGCCAAUCAGACGACGACCGCCCCGAACCUUACAGAUUCCCAAAGCUUCAGGAGACGAGCAGCCUCCUCCAGGUCUCACCUCUCCUCUGUCCUCCAAACCAAAGAGGAACUCGGCUUUGAUUGAAAAACUGCAGGCCAAUCUCACUCUCUCUCCGACGGGCCCCCCUCUGAAGAGUCCGGGCGUCCGGGCCACGCCUCUCACCUUCACCCCGCCCUCACCUGGUUCUGCACUGGUGUCCACGGUGUCCCUGGGAAGCCCCACCAGCCCUUUAUCCUCGCCGGUGAUAGAAGAGGAAGGCCCCGCCUCCUUUGAAGCCCCGCCCUCUGCUGCAGAGGGGACCAUCUUGACGAGCAUUAACAAGGCCAGAGCUCGGGUUUCCAUCCGCCGCCGACCUCCAUCCCGCCGCCACAGGAAGUCCAGCAGUGGAGACGAGGCCUGCACCAACCAAAACACCUCAGACUCACAGCCAAACUCCCGCAGCGAGGAAGAGGAGACGGCAACAGGAGGAGAAGAAAGAGGAGGAGAGGAGGCGUCACAGGAAGAUCAGACCAAAAGUCCUCCUCAGGAGGAAGAGAAGAUGAGGAGCAGCGUAGAGGAAGGAGCAGAGGAAGGAGCUAAAGAAGAAGCAAAGGAAGGAGCAGAGGAAGGAGCAGAGGAAGAAGAAGAGGAGGGAGAGCCUCCUUCAGGCUCCUCAAAGGAAGAGGAGGAGAAAAGCUCAGAAACCCAGAAAGAAGACUCUGCUGAAAGAGAACCAGGAAACGAGGAAAAAGAAGAAUCACAACAGUAAACAACAAACACCACAAACAAAAGAAGAAUGUCUGGCCUGAAAAGGAACAUUCUAAAGAAGCUUCAAAGUUCCUCCAGACAUUCUGAGCUCAGAGAUCUGUGAUCUUUGUCCGACCCGAUUAAGACUCUGAAUGUUCUUUGCUUUGAGCCCCUGGACUGGUGGGAGGAAGUCCUGCAGCUGUGGGGCCUGUGAUGCCUUCCAGGUCUACGAGGACUGCAGGAAAGGGCAGGACUCUGUUCAAAGCUUUGGUUCUGGAGCUUCUAGCCUUAGAGCAGAAACACGCUUCAGCCCAGAUCUGCUCAUCCACUGGAAACAAUGACGUUUGCAACUUUUUCUUAAGUUUGAUGCUUUCACAGCCAUGAGAUGAUGAUGAUGAUGAUGAAGUUGAUCUCAGUAGGUAUACUGAAAAAGUUUCAGGUUUAAACUGAAGAAAGGUGUCAAUCAAAGAUGAAAACCUGAACAUUUAUUUUGAAAAUCUGAUAAUAAAUGUUUGUAAUAAAAGCAACAGUAGAUGCUGUUAUUGAUAAAAAAAAAA